CAAACCGGAUAAACGUCAGUCUCGCAAGUGACGCCAUUUCCACCAGCAAUCACAAUAACAACAGCGCUCUCCGUAUUAUGUUCUUUCGAUACAGAGCUUGGUAAACAACCCUCUGUCUUAAUAUAAACCUUUCUUUUCCCCCCAAUUCCAACGUGUCUUCUUUGUUCAUGGACCUGAGACUACAUGAAAUUGACCAUACUGUAGCUUGUUAGCCAGCGGUCUUAGCCAACUGAAAGACAGACAUGGCCCAGCAAAGGGGAGUCAACAGCCUACAGUUCAACCAGGACCAGAGUUGUUUCUGCUGUUCCAUGGAGACCGGGGUUAGGAUUUAUAAUGUGGAGCCCUUGAUGGAGAAAGGACAUCUGGAUCAUGAGCAGGUAGGCAGUGUAGCUCACUGCUCCAUGUUGCACCGCUCCAAUCUCCUGGCCAUUGUGGGUGGGGGUGUGAACCCCAAAUUCUCAGAAAUCUCAGUGCUGAUCUGGGAUGAUGCACGGGAGUCGCGGGACUCCAAGGAGAAGCUGGUCCUGGAGUUCACCUUCACAAAGCCUGUGUUGGCCGUCCGCAUGAGACAUGAUAAGAUAAUCAUCGUUCUGAAGAACAGGAUCUACGUGUAUAGUUUCCCCGACAACCCUGUCAAACUAUUUGAGUUUGAUACCCGCGACAACCCCAAAGGCCUGUGUGAUCUCUGCCCCAGUCUGGAGAAGCUGCUGUUGGUCUUCCCUGGACACAAGUGUGGCAGCCUGCAGCUUGUGGAUCUGUCCAACACUAAACCAGGCACAUCCUCUGCUCCGUUCACCAUCAACGCCCACCAGAGCGAGAUCGCCUGCCUGGCACUGAACCAGCCCGGCAGUGUGGUGGCAUCCGCCUCCCGUAAGGGCACACUGAUCCGCUUGUUCGACACCACCACCCGUGACAAACUGGUGGAGCUACGGAGGGGCACAGAUCCCGCCACGCUGUACUGCAUCAACUUCAGUCAUGACUCGUCCUUCCUGUGUGCCUCCAGUGACAAGGGAACUGUGCACAUCUUCGCUCUGAAAGACACCAAACUGAACCGCCGUUCCGCACUGGCUCGUGUGGGGAAGGUGGGGCCGGUGAUUGGCCAAUACGUGGACAGCCAGUGGUCCUUGGCGAGUUUCACAGUGCCAGCAGAGUGUGCCUGCAUUUGUGCCUUUGGGAAAAACACCUCCAAGAACGUCAACUCUGUCAUAGCUAUUUGUGUGGAUGGGACAUUCCACAAGUACGUGUUCACACCUGACGGAAACUGCAAUCGAGAGGCCUUCGAUGUGUAUCUAGAUAUCUGUGACGAUGAUGACUUCUGAGGGUGGAGAGGGAGAGGAAGGGAGGGUAGAGACAGAGAAGAUGGAGGGGUGUAGAGUGAGAGGCUGAAAUGUGUGAAUAACUGAGAGACUUGGAGUGGAUGAUAAACCGAGAGAUUUGAUUCAAGAGAGGAUUGUUUGCUGUGAAAUUGCAAACAGAUUCUGUUUGCAGGUGUACUUAGACAAUAAGUGUAUUGUGUAAAGAAUAAAAUGUUUUUUAAGCA